AUUAUUUCCUUUAUAUGUUAACAAAUCAGUCUGGCCGAUGUCCAAGACCGCUGUCAUUUGCUGGUGAUACAAUAGAUACAAGAAAAUACUCGGAAAACGGCAACACUCUCAAGUCGUUGUUAUAAAACUGUUUGUUGAAUUCAUUGUUUUUGUCAAGUGCGUUCGUGUGGUUCGAAGUUUUUUCCAGUGACUUGUCACCCAAUGACAAAGCAAUCAUUCGAUGCGUUCAUGAUGUUUAAGUUGACGAUCGUGAUUUGUUUUCUGUUCAACUAUUUCGCCAAUUCCCAAGACUUGGACAGCCAGAUUCAAAGUUUGGUGGAUCAGGUUUUCCCGAAACCUAACAUCAGUAGUACAGACAACAGAAACAAAGACAAUGAACAGACUGGCGUCAAUCUACAACCCUCUGGCGAUGGGCAGGACGGCCAAGACAUGAGCUCAUGCUUGUGUGUACCCUACUAUCUGUGCAAGAACGGUUCCCUUAUCAAGGACGGAGUUGGAAUUAUUGAUAUCAGAAUUCAAGACAACCCUUGCUCAGAUUAUCUCGAAACGUGUUGCGGUUCGUCCGAAAGAGUGGUCGACCCCAUCACCCCCAAACCAGAUCCUGCAAAGACCAUCGGAUGUGGCCACCACAAUCCUGAAGGCGUUGGCUUCCGCAUAACGGGCAACAAAGACAACGAAGCUCAAUUCGGUGAAUUCCCUUGGAUGACCGCCGUCCUUCGGGAAGAAGAACUGGAAGGACAAUCCUCAAAACUGAACGUAUACCAAUGCGGUGGAGCCCUGAUACAUCGUCAAGUGGUCUUAACAGCCGCCCACUGUGUCACAGACAAAACCAAAAAGUUCAAAGUGCGUGUGGGUGAAUGGGACACCCAAACAAAGAAGGAGCUCUACCCUCACCAAGACAGGAACGUCGAGAAGAUAAUGAUACACCCAGAAUUCUAUGCUGGGGCGCUUUUCAACGACGUAGCGCUGUUGUUCUUGGAAUCGCCGGUAGAGCUCGCCGAAAACGUCAACGUCAUCUGCUUACCUCCUCAGGGUGCAGUGAUUGACCACGCGAGAUGCUAUGCGAGCGGCUGGGGCAAAGACGUGUUCGGAAAGGAAGGGAAAUAUCAAGUCAUUUUGAAAAAGAUUGACCUGCCCAUCGUGCCCAGGCAGCAGUGCCAGAACGCCUUGAGAACGACGCGUCUGGGAAAGUUUUUCGAGUUGCACAAGAGUUUCGUUUGUGCAGGCGGCGAGGCCGGUAAAGACACGUGCAAGGGUGACGGGGGAAGUCCAUUGGUAUGUCCGGUUGAGGGGACGAAAGACGUGUAUCACCAGGUGGGGAUCGUGGCGUGGGGCAUUGGGUGCGGCGAGAACCAGGUCCCCGGGGUCUACGCGAACAUUGCACUUUUCAGAGACUGGAUAGACGAACAAAUGGCCUACCAUAAUUUCGAUAGGAAUGUAUAUAGUUAUUAAAUGUAAGAAAAUAAAUUUUCUAUUGUUUGGUUUA